AUGGACUUUUUCAUAAAGCAAUACCAAGUUAAUCAUACGUCUCAAAAUCGUUCUCAUCCAAAGUCUAUUCGUCAUAUAUUCAAUAAGAAGAAGAUUAAAUGUACACAUAUAGAAAAUACAUAUGGAAUUAAACUGUAUGUAGCAAUCGUUACUCGUAAACCGAUUAAUAUCUAUUUUUUAAUAAUGAAACAAAUUAAAAAAAAGAAAAAUAUUAUUUCAAAUCUAUAA